ACGUUCUAGUGUGUCGCGUCGCGUCCGCGCUGAUGCUCAUCUGAACUGCGGCAGCGUUCCUCCUACGCACAUCCCGGGAUGCAGGUUGCCAUGGUUACCCGCAUCACAUGCGCGGCUUUCCUUUAGCCAGCAGCAAAAAAGAUGCCACUUCUUAGAAUCCGAGCCAUUUUUACGCCUGAAAAUUAGAGGACGCGGUCGGACGGGGGUGAAAACUGGCGCAGAUGGCGGAAUAGCGAGGAAUCCGUCGCGUCGCGUUCUCUCUGACGCGUUUUUUUGCGGAUCAUCAUUCUCAGCUGACGCGGCGAAAACAGGGCACCGCCGUCUCGGGGUUUUUUUUCUACGCGCAAGAUCGGGCCGACGUUUGCGCAGAUUUUUCACGGGAGAGCCGAUCGUCAGGAAUGAGUAUAGAAAUUCCCGAGGGCUUGACGGAGCUUCUGCAGAGCUUUACCGUGGAGGUCCUGAGGAAUCAGCCGGCGGAUCUCCUGGAGUUCGCGCUUCAGUACUUCACGCGCCUCAAGGAGAACGAGACCCGCGGCGGCGCGUUUGGCAAUGAACACAACUCAGCCGGGCGACCGGGCAAAGCCGUCAACUUCAUCGAGGAGGCCAUGCAGAUCGAUUCUGAAAACGGGGAGGAAGAUGACGACGAUGAUGAAGAUUUCGUAGCUCCAGUUAUCAACAGAUUUGUCCGGCGAGCAUCUGUCUGCGCAGAGGCGUAUAACCCAGAUGAGGAUGAAGAAGACAAAGAACCAAGAGUCACUCACCCUAAAACAGAUGAGCAGAGACAAAGACUACAAGAGGCCUGCAAAGACAUCCUAUUGUUUAAAAACCUGGACCAGGAACAGAUGUCCCAAGUGCUGGAUGCCAUGUUUGAGAAAGUUGUGCAGACAGGUGAGCACAUCAUCGAUCAAGAUGACGACGGCGACAACUUUUACGUCAUUGAGAGGGGAACGUUUGACAUUGUCGUAAAGGCGGAAGGCACCACACGGACUGUGGGGUCUUACGAUAACCGUGGGAGUUUUGGAGAGCUCGCCCUCAUGUACAACACACCGAGAGCGGCCACCAUCAUUGCUACCUCACCUGGAGCUCUGUGGUGCCUAGAUCGGUUAACAUUCAGGCGGAUCAUUGUCAAGAAUAACGCAAAGAAACGGAAAAUGUACGAGGCUUUCAUUGGCACUCUUCCACUCCUCACGUCGCUGGAGGUUUCAGAGAGAAUGAAGGUUGUUGAUGUCCUGUCGACCAAAGUGUACAACAGCGGGGAACAGAUCAUUGCUCAGGGUGAUUUGGCAGACUGUUUUUACAUCGUAGAGUCCGGACAUGUUAGGAUCACUAUGAAGAGAAGCAAGUCAAAAAAUGAUACAGAAGAUGAGGAACUGGAAAUCACUACGUGCUCUAGGGGGCAGUAUUUCGGAGAAUUGGCUCUUGUCACCAACAAGCCACGGGCAGCAUCUGCAUAUGCCGUGGACAGCGUUAAGUGCUUAGUAAUGGGUGUUCAGGCGUUCGAGAGGUUAUUAGGCCCCUGCAUGGACAUCAUGAAACGAAACAUUGCGAAUUACGAAGAGCAGCUGACGUCGCUCUUCAGGAGUCACAUCGCAAUACAAGAGCCGAAUGCAUGAAAGCAGUUAAUCAAUAAACGCCGCAAACAAAAAAUGCAACAUGAAAUGAUGAGAAACCGGUAAGUAGAGGACUGAUAUCAUGUUAACGUAUGCCAUAAGCUUGAAGUUCUUGUUUUGCAUUCACAGAUAUGAAACUCUGGUGUGUCAAUAAUCAUCAUUUUAGAUGUGAAAAGCCAAAUGUGUGAAGGUUUGCCUCCAGGACACAUGGAGGUUUUCCCAUGGGACAAAUGUUUGGAAUUUGGAAUACUAUGUUUAUUGAAAUUUCACAUGAUUUUUAUCACGGUUGGUGUUUUGUUCACAUGUUACAGAGACACUGGCUACAUCUUUUACAGUGAAGUCCUCACAACGGUUUAAGACUUUGUUAUAAGCUAUGACACAAUAUGUUCAUGUGUCCACUCUUUAAAAGCUAUACUCCUAAAUUCUCAUCUGCGGUUAGCAGUCGACAGGGUUUUCAGUGUUACAUGUCUAUUUUAAUGUACGUAUGUUUGCCAUUUUUUAUAUUUUUAAAUUCAGCACUUGUAGUUUGAAAGAUUUUUGUGCUUCAGGUUUUGAAUCUGGAUGACAAGAUCUGUAACAAAAAUAAAUAAAAAAACGUUAGCGAGUUAGGAUUGCUUCCUCCAAGACAACAUGCUGGAGUAUGAAGUCAACAUGAAAUCACAUUAUUUCAAAUAUAAACAUUUCAGACAAUAUCACAAUUUUUAAUUAAAAACCCACAUAUCCUUUGAAACGGAUAGUUCUUUGUUUUUUAACCCCUCCCCUUUAACCACCAUGCUGCUUUUUUGGUAAUUCACACCAUUCUUUCACAAUCUUACAGUAUAAGAUUUCAAUGCAUACCAUGUAGGUUGUGACCGAAAUAGCUCCCUAUACCUUUAUACAAUGCAUUAUUUAAGGGGACUGACAUUGUGGUGGUGUCCGAAAUCAUAGUGGACAUUAUCUAGUGCACUCAUUCAAUCCCACAAUGCACUGCAAUAACGAGUAUACAACUCAAUGGCGUUACGUUACACAUUGUGAGAUGAAAUCCCACAUCUGAACACAAGAUGGCGCCUGCAGGGCUUCUGAAGCACUCUGUGGCUCAAAUUCAAAUUCACGCACUCAUUUUCAUUCACUUAUUUAAAGGUGCCGUAAAAUUUAAAACUGUAUUUAUCUAGGCAUAGAUGAAUAAUAAGAUCUCUGUACAUGGUAAUGACAUAUUGUGAUGCUGAGUUAGCGCUAUAUGCUAGUUAAUGCUAUAUGCUAACGUUUAAGCUGAAGUUCUACUAUUGACAUUACAGUUACGUUUUGCAGGUCCAUACUGAAAAAACACAAACUUACCACUCAGAAACAUCCAUUAACAAUCUCCAAACAAUUGAUUAUUCCUCAAAAUCUGUAUUUUCAUCUGAUACAGACUCUCAAAGAUCUGUUUACACACACACAGAGCUACUGAAGGAGCUGCUCUGAGAAACAGCCAAUCAGAGCAGAGCUCAACAUUAUUAUUCAUGACCCUUUCAAAUAAGGGUCAUUUUUGCACUUAAUAAAGCCACAAACCUUCUAUGUAAAUAUCAGAGAACAAUUUAACAGAUUAUUUUAAUGCAUUAUUUGGCACCUUUAAGUGGACUAUUAGUGGACUAAUGUAGGAAAAGAUGGUAUAGUUGGCCAUUUUGGACACAUGCAGUCGUUGUUCUUCUCGCUCUUGGAAAUAUUUUAAGUGUGAAUGAGCUUUCAUGUUGACUUUAUUGCUCAAGUUUAAUAACAUCUUCAUGUCAUUAUCAAUCAAAUUCCAAACAAACUGUUUGAGAAUGAAAGACAUAGAAACGCACAGACUCAGAUAAGAGAAGUUCAUGCAGUUUGUAAUAUUAUUGCACUUUGAGAGAGUCUGAUUUAUAGCUGCACACUUCAAAAUGUUUUUUUUUUUUUUU